CCUCAUCUAGUUCUGAGCAGUAUCAUUUUCUCAUAAAACCGCAAUAAAAAAAAGCCAAUAAACGUCGUGAAAUUAUUUAAUACUUCAUUAUUAAGUCAACAGUUGAAGACAAGAUGUCAUAUUUGUAUCUACUUUUGGUAUUUUGUACCGUGAUAAUUAAUACUAGUGCUGAGAAGGUUGAAGAUGAAAAUCCUUAUCCAGUAUUUCCCGCUGAGUUGUUUGAUUACCGCGAAAUUUUAAAAAGUCAGAGAUAUUUUAAAUUUUUAUACAAAUGUUUUAUGAAUGAAAAUCGGUGUACACCUCAAUUGACUGCAUUUAAAAGAUGUAUUCCCGAAAUAAUUGCAACUAAAUGCGGCAAAUGCCGACCUAGUUUAAAAAGAUUAGUAGACACUUCGAUAGAUUUUAUUAAAAUUAAUUAUCCAGAGGGUUACGAAAAUAUAACCGAUAAAUAUGAUCCUGAAGCGAUAUAUAUAAAAAGAAAUAAUUAUUACGAUGAACUUUAUCAAGGUAUGGUUGACGUAACGUUAUUACUAGAAGACGAACAAUGUUUAGCUCGUCAUUAUUCGUGUUUGAUGAGUGAAGGUCCUUGUACAGACGAGGGCAAAGUUCUUAAACAAAUCAUGGUCGAAAUAUUGGGAGAAAAUUGUCAUCGAUGCUCACGACGUCAGUCAGAAGCUGUCAAAAAAGCCUCAUUGUAUCUUGCACGUACUAACAUGACGAAGUAUAUGGCUGUUUUGAAUGUAGUUUUCACAGCUCAGACGGAUGACAUUUCGAAAAGUUCUCCGGAAGACAAAAGAAAUUUUUAUCAUAUUGAUAAAGUUUGAAUCUUUAUAUUAAUUGCUAAUUUAUAUAUAUAAUUCAUAUAAAUUAAAUUAAAAUAACUUUUACCUUU